AUGAAGCCCACUGCUUUCCUUGCCGCUAUGGCGAUUGCCAGCUCCGGUGUCAAUGCCGACUGUUUCCCCAAUGGCAUGAUCGGCCACUAUGGCACAUGGCUCAAGCAGAAGGUUUUAGCCUUGAACGCGGACCGUCUUUCUCUUGCCUGCAUGGCUAUAGCCGGUGCAGCCAAAGAGUCUUUCGUUGGCGAGGAGAGUCGAACAUACUGCAUGCAGGAGGCGGACGGCUUGAAGUGGGACUUUACCAUUAAGAACUUGAACACCGGCAAACGAGUUUUAGGACAAGCCGAGUGCAUGUCUGGGCUGUCGAAGGAGGCCUAUGGUUGCUACAGAGGAGGUAAAACAUCCUAUUGGAAUUGGCAAUACAUUUCCGAUCCCAAUGCCGGCAGCUGCAUUGGAAAAUAA